GCCGUUCUGGCCUCUCAUCUCGCUGCCCCCCUGUCCCGGGCUGCGCAGCUAUAUGGGCCGCGGUGCUGCCGGCAGCAGCGGAGGCUCAAUAUGCUGUUUCCCUUACCGUUUAAACUGUGCUGACUAAGUACCUUCUUUAUUGCGAGGGGGGUCAGGAAACUAUCAUGGGCCCUUUACCAGCCAGCUGCUCGAGGCUGCUGGCUGCACUGCUCCUAGCCCUCUGCAGGAUCCAGUGGGCCGACGGAGGAGACUGUAAGGGGCACCGUCAGGUGCUGCGCAGCGUAUCUGGCUAUGUGACAGACGGGCCCGGCAAUUAUUCCGUCAACGGCAAUUGCGAGUGGCUGGUGGAAGCUCCCAGCAGCAGCUAUCGCAUCCUCCUGACCUUCAUGUUUAUGGAUACGGAAUGCACCUAUGACUACCUCUUUGUUUACGACGGCGAUUCUCCCAGCAGCCCAUUGCUGGCCAGCCUCAGUGGCAGCACCCUGCCCCCCACUGUUGAAGCUACCUCAGGCAAGAUGCUAUUGCACCUGUUCAGUGACGCCAACUACAACCUGCUGGGCUUUAACGCCACCUACGCUAUCUCGCUGUGCCCGAUGGGCUGCUCGGGACGUGGGAUCUGCAGCAACGACGGGCGCUGCGCCUGCUUCCAAGAUUGGGGCGGCGAGGACUGCUCCAUGCCCGACUGCACCACCUAUUGUCAGAGCCAUGGCACUUGCAGCCAGGAGUCGAGACACUGCCAGUGUGAGCCUGGAUUCGUGGGCCAGGCCUGUGACUUAGCCCUGAGCGAGAACCAAGGAGCCGGCAAGUGGUACAACGUGAGUGCCUGGGAUCCCAGUUUCCAGCCCCGCACAGCUGCCGCCGGUGCUUUCCUGGCCUCCACUGGAGGACUGUACAUCUUCGGAGGUUUGGAUUUGAACACAGCCCUGGGCGACCUUGUCUUAUAUAACUUCACCACCAAUAUGUGGCAUCGACGAGUGCUCAGUCCUUCUCCGUCUGCACGUCACUCGCACACAGCGGUGGCUUGGGAGGGAUUCCUGGUUCUUUUCGGGGGCGAGUUGGCCAGCGGCUUUCUCGGCAAUGACGUCUGGAUGUACCUUCCCCGGGAGGGGCGCUGGCAGGAGCUGGAGCCGCUCAACACCACGUGGUUCCCUCCCCCUCCCGGGCUGGCCGGCCAUGCCUCUGCGGUAGUGGAUGAAUGGCUGUACGUCUUUGGAGGACGCACCUCGGUGGACGUCUUCUCCUCACAGAUGUACCGCUUCCACCUGAGGCUGUGGCACUGGGAGUUAGUGACACCGUCGGGAGGCAAGCCUCCUGCCGCCGCCGGCCACUCCAUGGUGUUCCAUCCAGCCUCCCGCACUCUCCUGGUUUAUGGUGGGCACCGCCCCUCCACCGCCCGGUUCAGUGUCCGAGUUAACACCACGGACCUCUUCCACGUAGACCUGCGCUACUGGAGCACGUUGCGUGCCAAAGAUUCGCACCGUGGACCCCGGGAGAGGGCCUUCCACUCCGCCACAGUCAUUGGAAACUACAUGGUGGUUUAUGGAGGCAACGUGCACAUCCAUUACCAUGAGGAGAAGUGUUACGAGGAUGAGAUCUUCUUCUACCACUUGGGCUGCCAUCAGUGGGUGUCCAGCCAUGACCUGGCACCUCCAAUCACCCACGAGCACGACGCAAAGGCCCAAGCCCAGGCGCGAGGCCGGUACUCCCACGUGGCCACAGUGAUGAAUGGGAACGUGCUGCUUGUCGCGGGAGGCUACAGCGGGGUGCCCCGGGGCGACCUCUUGGCAUACAAAGUGCCGACCUUUGUCUUCCAGGUGCCGUCCCAGAUGUACCAUCUGGAUUACUGCUCCAUUUACACAGAAAAAAGCACGUGCGCCAAGGAUCCUGAAUGUGCCUGGUGUAUGAGAGGCUGCCAGAGUACCCAGCCCCACAGCAUUUGCCCCAAUACCGGCUGCCUGGGCUUAGCCCGCCUCUUAGUUGACUGCCAGUCCUGCCUGGCUUUCGGUGGCACCAACGCUUCUCUGCCCCGUGCGCCGGGCCCCUUCGGCUGGUGCGUGCAAAAUGAGACCUGCAUGCCUCUCUCGGAGCGGGGCAGGUGCCAAGUGGGGAAGCUGUCGGGCACGUACGGCUGGUGGGGGCCUCAGCCUUUCUUUGUCACCUCCUUGGCGCAGUGCCAACGUGAAAACUUCCUGCCCGGCCUUCAUCUCAUCACCUACCAGCAGCCGCGCAACGACUCCCAGCCUGAUAAGGUCUCCAUUGUCCGGAGCACCACUAUCACCCUUAAUCCCAGCACGGAGAAUGACGUCUCUCUGGUCUACAAGGGCUUCAUUCACCCGUUGGUGAGCAGCUCUGGACCUGCUGAAGACAUUUCCAUCUGGGCACGCAUCCAGCGCCUCUUUGUGAUUGCCAAGUUGGCCCGGGCUCCUGGCACAUCUGAGCUGGAGGAGGUGGGCCGCUGGGCAGUGCAGCAAGAAAGAGAGAAGCGAUUACUCCAGCGUCCUGGGGCUGAGCGUCUCUUCCCCAGCACCGAGAGGGGGAAUAAAUACACGGUGCUGGUUGAAGGCCACCUCAAUAACUCUGGCAACGGACAGACAAGCGAACUGACCCUCACGUGGGACCGCACAGGAGUGCCUGGGGGCAGCGAGAUCUCCUACUUCUUCCUGGAGCCCUAUCGCUCGGAGCUGUGCACCGCUUACCGCUCGUGCCUCGCUUGUCUGGCCGACCAGGGCUGCGGCUGGUGCCCGCUCAGCGCUACCUGCCACCGACGGCUGGCGCAUAAAGACGAUGCAGGGGCCUGUGGCAGUGGCAGCGUGCGCCUCAUCCUGGGCCCUGGCAACUGCAUCUUGUGCGAGGACUACCGGGACUGCCAUGCCUGCAGCAAGGAUCCCUUCUGCGAGUGGCAAGUCAACAGCAGCAAGAAGGGGGAUUUCCUCUGCAGCCGCCGGGGCCGCCUUCCCAGUGCUAUUCGCUCUCCCAAGGAAUGUCCCAAACUCUGCAAUCAGCGCACCACGUGUUCCGAGUGCCUCUCCAACUCCAGCCAGUGUGCCUGGUGCCAGUCCACACGCAGCUGUUUCUUCUUCGCGGCCUACCUGGCCAAGUACCCCUAUGGGGACUGCCGUGGGUGGUACGACAGUGUUCAUUCGGUGCCCCAGUGCCUGGACUGUACCCGAUUCAACACCUGCCGUGAAUGUCUGCAGAACUUCGAAUGUGGUUGGUGUGGCAACUCAGACAACCCGACCUUGGGCAGGUGCCUCCCUGGGGAUUUCUCCGGCCUCAACACCUUCCUGAACUGCUCAGUGGCCCUCUGGGAGUCUCACGGGCUGCUUCCCACCCACCCUGCCCAGUGGUCCUACGGGCAGUGCCCAGAUGUGGAUGAGUGUCGCCUGGGCCUGGCCAACUGCCACCCCUUCGCCAGCUGCAAGAACACGGCCGACUCCUUCGAGUGUCACUGUAACCGAGGCUAUGCGGGUGAUGGCGUGGCCUACUGCAACCAGACCUGCUAUGAUGAGUGCGCACACGGAGAAUGCAGCGGGACUCCCAAUUUCACCUGCCUCUGCGACUUAGGCUGGACCUCCGAGAUCAUGGGGGCCACUCCUCCGCCCAACGGGGUGCAGUGCAACGUGGACUGCGGCUGCCACUUCCACAGCACCUGCACGGUCAAGGGGGUUGGUGUUUGCGAUGAGUGCCAGAACUGGACUCACGGCGAGCGCUGCCACCUUUGCCGGCCGGGCAGCUACGGGAACGCCACCAACCAGAGCGGCUGCCGGGAAUGCGCCUGCAAUGGGCACGGCUUGGAGGAAAUGGGCUAUUGCCACGGGGCCACGGGAGCCUGUUACUGUGCCCCACCCACCGAGGGGCUGCACUGUGAGCGCUGUGCCCCUGGCUACUACGGGGACCCCAGAAAUGAGGGCGUCUGCUAUCAGGAGUGCGUGGGGCGCUCCCUGCUCACCAGCCUCUCUUCCUCUUCCUCGCUGAGCUCUCAACGGGCAGGGCCUCCUCUGCCAGGUGGGCUGUCCUACUGCGUCUGGGUGUUGUCAACCAGUGAUGACAUGCAACCCUGCCGGCCCGAGCAGACCUGCCCGACGAUCACCCUUACCCUCCAGCCGGACACCCUCUGUAUGAAUAACUAUGUCUAUGCCUUUGAUGGGCUGCCCGACUUCCUGGACACAGGCCUGAUCCAGUUGGAUCGCACUCUGAUUGGGGCUUUCUGCGGCCAGGGUCGUCCCCAUCCUGUCACUGUGGAGGCUGUCUCAGGCCUUCUGGUCAUUUACUAUGAGGCCAACUCCAGCGAGGCUUCUGGCUUCAACGCCACCUACACGGUGCACCGCUGCCGGCCCAGCUGCCACCCCAACCAGGAGUGUCAGGAGGGACGCUGCAUUUGCAAGGCGGGAUACACGGGGCCCAGCUGCCUGUUCCAGAUCUGUCCGGCCAACUGCAGCGCUCAUGCCGGGCAGGGGAUUUGCAACCGGAGCUUGGGCCUGUGCGUCUGCAGUGACCGGUUUGCUGGCACAGACUGCUCCAUCCCACUAGAUGCUGGCAAGAUAAUCUGGGAGACCUUGAUUGACACCCAACUGACAGCUGACACAGCGAGCCGGUUUCUGCACCGCCUCGGUCACACCAUGGUGGAAGGCCCAGACACCACGCUUUGGAUGUUUGGGGGCAUGUCGCUGCGAGAAGGGAUGCUGGGUAAUGUGUACAGAUACUCCAUCGCUGAGCGCCGCUGGACUCAGAUGCUGGCAGGAACAGAAGACAGAGGCCCAGGGCCCAACCCCCGGUACUUCCAUGCAGCGGCCUACAUUUCCUCCGGCAAGGCGAUGUAUUUGCUUGGUGGGCUGACGGCGGAUGGGGUGGCCAACGAUUUCUGGCUGCUCAACCUCACCACGUUGCAGUGGAGACUUGUGCAGGACCCCUUGAUCCCAGCAGUGGCUGGCCACACGCUCACGGCUCGGCGUGGCUCCUCCUUGCUCCUCAUUGGUGGCUACUCCCCUGAGAAUGGCUUCAAUAAGAAACUGCUGGAAUAUAACGUGGCGUCGGAGAGCUGGCAUGCUGGGAACCAGGCCGGGACCCCCCCUACAGGUCUGUACGGGCACUCGGCUGUGUACCACGAGGGCACCGAUGCCAUCUACGUCUUUGGUGGCCAUCGCUUCCACGUGGAGAUGGUUUCCGCCUCCCCAGAGCUCUACAGCCUUUACUACCCCAACCUGACCUGGAGCUUACUGGCUCCCUCUCAGGGACCAAAGCCCCUGGCUCAUUUCUUCCACGUCGCAGCGGUGCUGAAGGACACCAUGGUGGUCAUAGGAGGGCGCACGGAACGUGAGAAUUUCACCAACCACCUUUUCUUCUACCAGCUAAACUGCAACACCUGGAUCCUACCCAACAGCACAGCAGAAGCUGUGGUGGGCGAGCCCAUCCUGGAGUCCAUUGCCCACGCCGUGGCUGCCGUUGGAGACCGCAUCUACCUCUCAGGGGGCUUCAACGGGGUGGCGUUGGGCCGUAUGAUGGCCCUCUCCGUGCCUUCCGACCCAUGCCUCACCUUUCCCAGCCCGGAAGCCUGCAACGGAUCGAAUGCCAGCUGCGUCUGGUGCCACGCCAGCUGCCUCUCUGCUGAUGCUGCCGAGAGGCAGGGCUGUUCUUUUGGCGGGAGUUCCUGCUUCCCCACGCCAAGGUCAGCGGACGAAUGCCGUCGGCUCAGAACCUGCAGCGAGUGCCUUGCCCAGCACCCUCGUGCCAUGGCCCAUAGCCUGGGCAUUCCGGCCUUACCGCAGUGUAAAUGGUGCACCAACUGCCCCGAGGGGGCCUGCAUUGGCAGCACGGGCAGCUGCACUUCGGAGAACGACUGUCGCAUCAACCAGCGCGAGAUCUUCGUGGCCAGCAACUGCUCGGAGAUCUCGUGCGAAGCCUCGGACUGCGCCAAGUGCACGGCUUCCGGGAAGUGCAUGUGGACGCGGCAGUUCAAGCGCACCGGGGAGACCCGGCGCAUCCUCAGUGUGCAGCCCACCUACGACUGGACCUGCUUCAGCCACUCGCUCCUCAACGUCUCCCCGAUGCCCGUGGAGUCCUCGCCCCCGCUGGCCUGCCCCACGCCCUGCCACAACCACAGCACCUGCGCCAAGUGCCUGAGCUCCAAGGGGGCCGACGGGGGCUGGCAGCAGUGCGUCUGGAGUGUCAGCUUGCAGCAGUGUAUGAGCCCCACCUACCUGCCCAUGCGCUGCGCAGCUGGGAUGUGCGGCCGGGUGCUGAGUGGGUCCGAGAGCUGCGCCCCGUCCUGCUCGCGUCUGCAGCAGUGCGCCCUCUGCAUCCAGCAGCCCCGCUGUGGCUGGUGCGGCUUCAGGGGCGAGAACGGCAAAGGACGCUGUCUGGAGGGUGGCCGGAGCGGUCCUCGCCAUGGGCUGUUGGAGUCGUGUGGCCUGAAGGCCGACUGGGCCUUCAUGUCGUGUCCUCCGGAGAACGAGUGCUUGAACGGGCACCACGACUGCAACGAGACGCAGAAUUGCAACGACCUGCCCCACGGCUACAAGUGCACGUGCAAGAACGGCUACAUGCUGGACAACGCUACGGGGCUGUGCAAGCCAGUGUGUGAGCAGGGCUGUGUGAACGGGACCUGCGUGGAGCCCAACGCGUGCCAGUGUCACUUCGGUUACGUGGGGCAGAACUGCUCGGUGGAAUGCCAGUGCAACAAGCACAGCAAUUGCCAGGGCGUGGAGGCGCAGGAUCAGUGCCUGCAGUGCUUCAACAACACCAUGGGGCAGCAUUGUGAGAAAUGCCAGCCGCUCUUUGUGGGCUCAGCCCUGAACGGGGGCUCCUGCCGCCCCUGCCACGCUUUCUGCCGGGGGAACAGCAACGUGUGCAUCACACGGGAGGAGUACGAGAGAGCCAACCAGGAUCCUGCUCGCUUCCCGCUGGAGCCGGCCUCGAUCCCCAAAUGGGUGGCGGAAGGGCCAGCGGAGGAGGCAGCCGUGUGCGUGAACUGCCAGAACAACAGCUUCGGGGAGAAAUGCGAGAGCUGCCUGCACGGCUACUUCCUGCUGGAGGGGAAGUGCACCAAGUGCCAGUGUAACGGCCACGCAGACACUUGCAACGAGCUGGAUGGGACCGCCUGCCCCUGCCAGAACAACACGGAGACGGGAGGUUGUCAGAACAGCGCCCAAGCCGACAAAAAGGACUGUUACAAACAACAGUGUGCCAAGUGCCGUGAGUUUUUCCACGGGAACCCCGUGGGUGGCCACCAGUGCUACCGGCUGAUCAUCGUGGACCAAGAGAGCUGCUUUGACCCGACCUCGCAGCUCAACUGCUUCCACGAGCCCAACAUCAAGAACCUGCCACUCGGGCGCUCCGUCUUCUUCGGCGUCCAGCCCAAAUUCACCAACGUGGACAUCCGCAUCACCAUUGACGUGACCUUCGGCGGCGUGGACGUCUACAUCUCCACCUCCUACGAGACGUUCGUUGUGGACGUAGACCGGGUCACGGGCGUCCACUCGGUGCGCGUCGUGCCGCCGGGCGACGAAGCGGCGGGGCGCGGCGGUGGCGUAACCAAUGGCAGCCAGUCCUCCCCGCUCGUGAGAGAGGCGCGUACCCACGGUCUCAUCACCUACAUCACUGUGCGGGAGCAGCACGCCGUGCUGGUUGUGCGAGGCGUCCGCGACCGCGUGGUCAUCACCUACCCCCACGAGAUCCACGCCCUCAAAUCCAGCCGUUUCUACGUCAUCCUGCUGGGCGUCGGGGGCACCGGCCCCAACGUCACGGAGUCGCAGGGGCUGCUCUUCUUCCGUCAAGACCAGGCCCACAUCGACCUCUUCGUCUUCUUCUCCGUCUUCUUCUCCUGCUUCUUCCUCUUCCUCUCGGUCUGCGUCCUGCUCUGGAAAGUCAAGCAGUUCCUGGACCUGAGGCACGAGCAACGGCGCCACCUGCAGGAAAUGACCAAGAUGGCCAGCCGGCCCUUUGCCAAAGUCACCAUCUACUUCGAGCCGGACGCCCUGGGUGCUGCCGCGGAGCUCGUCUUCCUCCCGGCGCGCCCUCACAAGCACCCCGCCCUGGCCGCCGCCCAGCCUCUGCCCAGCCGCCUGAAGCCCUACCACGAGGUGCCCUACCCCGUCGCCCACUUCCGGCGCUCAGAGCCCUUCCUCUCUCACCUGAUGGGCUACUCUUACUCCAGCUUCCGCGUGGGGCCGAUUACCCUGGAGCCUACGGACGACGGCAUGGCCGGGGUGGCCACCGUGCUCUUCCAGCUGCCGGGAGGGCUGCAGGCCCCCAACCGGGCGUGCCUGGGCUCGGCCCUCGUCACCCUGCGCCACAACCUCCAGGACUACUGCAGCAGCAGCCACGGUGCCAGCAGCUCGCGCAAGGGCCUCCUCAGCCACGAGAACCUCACGAGCAUGUCCCUAUGAGCCGCUGGGGGUGCUCUGCCACGCUCGGAAAGGGACGACGGAUCUCCUUGGUUCCGGCGGCCUCGCGGAGGGGGCUGAGAAGGGGCAGGAGGCGGCGCCUGGACCUCCACGUUGCUCGCUGGGGCUUCGGAAGGCACCUCCAACUAUCCUGUCACGAGCGCAGACGAUGCCACCAGAGGGAGCUGCUCUGCCUGUGCUUCUCAAACGCGGCAGGGUGGACCGGGCUGCUCUGCUCACGCUUGUUGGCGCCUGCUCCCUCCCUGUCUUCUUUCCAGAGGUUUUGGAGCUGCACAGGGAUAGGUGGACAGUCCUUCGCCAGCGGUGCCCUACAAGGGCCGGCCGAAAUGACAAUCAGCCCAGCCAGUCUACGUAAGGUCAAGGGCGCGUUUGUCAACCGUGGGGGCAGGGGGGGAUCGAUGCCUCUCAGUGUCGUUCAUUAAGUAUCGUUCAAACUUUCUUUCUUUUUUAAACACCUUCUGUUCCA